UGCCUAAGAAAAUUCAAUUAAAAAAAAUUGUUGAAAUAAAAAAGCAUUAUUGCGCCGUUUACCUCCCUAUACUGUAUAGAAGUCCCCGUGUUUAAGAGGACAAUACCUACAAAUACAAUAACAGUGAUAAAGAUUUACACACAGCUGUUUUCAUAUGAAAAUGAGAUUUGUAGCCAAAUUGCAGAAGAGGAAAAAUGACUUCAGAAAGAUGGCAGCGUUAUUUUUACAGACAUUUAGGUAAAUUACGAGUCGUAUCUUACAUUAUGUGCGAACGGUGACCAUUCCAUCUGCAACCCUUUAAUACUGUAAUAUUAUACUUUAUAUAAAGAAAUAAAUAAAUAAAUACCCCAUGUCUUUUUUUAAUGCAUCCAGGCCCUUACGUCCAGUAGGUGGCAGAGAUGCACCCCGAGGAGUUAGUUUGCCGAACGUCAUUCAAUAGAAAACUAGUAGAAGAAGAACUUGACUCGUUUAUCAACAAGAAGCCGGUGCAUUCGCAGACGUGUACUCGAUUUAUUAGUAUUUAUUCAUUAUUAACUAUUUCUAUUAGCAAUCACGACCUUACUGUAACAGAGCCGUUUAAUCAUGUAGGUGCUGUGUUUUGUAAACGUAGAUACAACUACUUUAAGUACUUUACCGAUAGACUGUCAAAAGUGACUUGUUGAACUAUGCCCUGUCGUGUCAUCUGCGUUACGCUGCUGCUGUGUGUCGGAGCACUGAUUUAUGAGACCAAAGCCGAUGAGUUUACUGAAGAAAUUAAGCCUCCUGACUGGAAAAAGACCUUCAAAUCUAUCCGGAACGGGCUUCACAAAGUAGACAAAUUCCUCAACAUGGCUUUAGACCUGAUCGGAGGUUCAGACGGACGCUGUAUUUUUAAAUGCAAUGACGGGUACACACCAGUUCCUCGUCCCAACUAUAAAUCCCCUCUACCCAACGGAUGCGGCUCCCCACUGUUUGGAUUUCAGUUUGAUUUUGGGAUCCCGUCAAUAAACACAUGCUGCAAUGAGCACGAUCUGUGCUAUGAUACCUGCGGGAGAGAGAAAAAUGACUGUGAUGAACAGUUCCAGAUCUGUCUGGAAUCCAUCUGUAGUAAUUUACAAAGGACAUUGGGUUUGUCCCAAAGUGUUCAAGCAUGUGAGUCAGCAGUGACUUUGCUCUUUGAUACUGUGAUGCACUUGGGAUGUAAGCCUUACCUGGAUAGUCAAAGAUCAUCUUGCAUUUGCCACUAUGAGGAGAAGGCUGAUCUGUGAACAGUUUAUAUGUUAAUGUGUGUUUGUUAUUGUCUCAGGGUACUGCAAGAUGCAAUACAAUUGUUUUUUUCACUUUGUACGCAUUCAUUGCAAUGUCAUGGUUAACUGUGUAUUUUGUAAUUACAGAAAAAGUUUAAUUAUUUAUUCUGAUGAUCAAUAUACCUGCUGGUGUGCCUUUAUUUAUAUACACACACACAAAUACAUUUAAUAAUAUAUGAAUAUAAAUAUAUAUACAUUCACACAAAGACGCUUAAUAUGUAUAAUAUAUACAUUUGUAUAUAAAAGCUUAAUAAAAAUGAAAAAAAAAAAUCUUUACAUUGCUUUAAGUGAUUUCUGAAAACUUGAUGAGCCAAUAAUCUGAAUCAGCAAACAGGUGGAGUUCAUAUGUUCAGGUGAACAUGAUAAUGUAAUGAAGACAAACUUCAAAAGAUCUAUACACAACUGUUAACCUACAAACAUCACCUUAACAUUAUUAGGACUAGGCACAAAGAAUUGUCAUAGCAAGAAGACUUUUAAUAUGAAAAUAACAAGUACUAGAGUAAGCCAAUAGACAUGUCUUAAUGAAUCAUGACAAAACUUUAUCAGAAUAUGUCUUAGAUGUGUCCAGUCAUCUCUCACACACAAAAAUAACUCAUUUGAAUUAUUUUUAAAUUUUUUUAUUUAAGAAUGAAAGUUGCAUGCAUUAAAAGAAUGCAUUAAACCGAGUUUCAAUGAGAAACUAUGCAAUUAUUUAUUGAGGGAUUAUAUCUACCAGAAGUAAGCCAGAACUGAAUCUGAUGACAUUUUUUUCAAGAAAUCAUUAAUUCGAAUUUGUUUCUUUGGACUAUUGUUGAGUUAUUGCAGAAUAAGGCCAACAAACUUGCAUUAUGAAACAAAAUAGGCUACAUUUUUUUAAUGUUGACUUUAUUUAUAGAAAUAUAUUUAUACAGAAAAUAAACUCCUUCAUAAUUUAAAACAUGAAAGAACAGUUUUUUGAGAAGAAACUGCAUUAAAGACUUAAUAAAGAGUAGGAUGCAUUGUAUUUAAAUCUUUGUUAAACCCAUAGUGAAGCCCAAAAUGAAAGAAGGCAGGUUGUUUUCAGAGCACAGCAACAAACCAAUCAAAGCAGUAAUAUGCUACAUUUAGUUGAGCAAAGACUGGACA